AUGGCAAUUAUAUUCUCCGUGGAUCAGAGGAUCAAUCAUUUGAGUCCUGAUCGACAAUAUGGGGCUCAAAGUCUCGAACAUGCAUAUACUUCCGACACAAAUUUGGAUUUGACUCUUUGCAGUUGUAGAAUUUGGGCAGAGGAUUCAAAUGGUAAACGCAUAUCUGGUGGCAAAGGCUACCAUGAUUGUAGUUACAAUUCCUAUGGCUCGAAUUUUCAUAGAAUCCUUAGUUUCCCUAAUCAAACGUACACGGUUUAUGCUAAAGUUUUAGCUAGUUUCGAGGAAACGAAAAAACGAGGACCUUUUACUGGAGAUACCUGUUUUCAUAUACAUGGCGAUGUUGACAAUUGGAAAUUUGACCAAGUAACUUGUUAA